AUGCUCAAUGUUGAUUCUAGAAACCGCAACAACCUGCUGUUUAUAUCAAUGGUCAAUGACAGCAAAUAUUCUUCUCAACUCAAAUCAUUUUUCUCAGCAUUUUCUCGGGAUAAAAAGGCAUGGGAAAAGGUCCUGGUCUCUACUCUGAUUUUGGCAAAAAAGCGAGAUCUUCUUUACAAGGAUUACCAGACCGAUCACAAGUUCACCGUCACUACUUACACUCUCAAUGGAGUUGCAAUCACAUCUACUGGGACUAAGAAAGGUGAAUUGCUGUUGGCUGAUAUAAGCACUGAGCUGAAGAACAAGAACAUCACGACUAAUGUGAAAGUUGACACUAAUUCUAAACUUUUUACGGAUGUUACCGUCAAUGAACCUGCACCAGGAUUGAAGACAAUAUUUAGUUUCAUUGUCCCUGAUCAAAGGUCUGGCAAGGUGGAACUGCAAUACCAGCAUGAGUAUGCUGGCAUAAGCACUAGCAUUGGAUUGACUGCGAAUCCCCUUAUUAACUUCUCUGGUGUGGUUGGAAACAAUUUUGUCUCUGUUGGGACUGAUCUCUCUUUUGACACUACCAGUGGGAAAUUUACCAAACUGAAUGCUGGGUUGAAUUUCACCCAUUCUGACCUCAUUGCUUCCCUGGCAUUGAAUGAUAAAGGUGACACCGUUAAUGCUUCCUACUACCACAUUGUUAGCUUAUGGACUAACACAGCAGUUGGUGUGGAGCUGACCCAUAGCUUUUCAAGUAACGAGAACACUCUCACAAUUGGUAUGCAGCAUGCUCUUGACCCACUAACCACAGUAAAGUCUUGUGUGAACAAUUAUGGCAGAGCAAGUUCUCUAAUCCAGCAUGAGUGGCGGCCAAAAUCUUUCUUCACUGUCUCUGGAGAGGUGGACACCAGAGCAAUUGAAAAGAGUGCUAAAGUUGGGCUAGCCUUGGCACUCAAGCCGUAGGUCUUGAUUUUUAUUGGUGGAGACUUGGAGAGAAAUAAUGUACUUGAAUGGAUUUGACGCCAUGGUUUUUAAAAAUAAUUGUGAUUGGAGAACUGAAAUUAGCAAUUUGUUUUGUUGAAUCUCCAAGGUUAUUCAGCAGUUUUGUGAAAUAAUUGCAUAAGGGGAGUGAAUUAGAGAUGUAAUCGAUAGAAUUUGAAUUGAUGCAGUAUUAAAUUUGAA